UCACGUGCGCGCGCGCGCAUCCUCAUGUACAGUAGAAUUUUUGUAGUAAGUUAGUAAUAUAGGAUUGUAUACAUAUUAUUAUUUAGAUCUGUAUCUUGUGGAUAGAUAAAGUCUAAGGAUACAGAUAUUGCACCACCAAAAUUGUAGAGAAUCCCUUAAGAACAAUAAUCUCUCUCUGUACGCAGAAUCGUGCGCGCCGAAAUUGCGCUAUGAAAAAAAAAAAGUGUUUUCGCGUCUAUCAUUUCGACAAUUUGUAUAAAUGGGUCAUACUUGGCUUGUAAAUUGCACGUCGAUGAGAAGCGUAAACGCGAGACGCCGAGAUGAGGAUAGUCAAGCGCAGAGAAACCUGAAUAUCACAAUGCCUAAGUAAUUUGUAUAAAAAGAAAAAGAUAAAUCUGUAAAGUAAAAAAAAAGAAACUGUUGCGUCGUGAUAUGUGGGUGUAAGAGAAAAUAAAUAGCGCGAAAUAGAGGCAGCAAAAAAAGAUGCAUCGUAUAGUAUCGUUAAAUGCGAGAACAAAGAGUUAUGCAUCUCUUUAUUCCUACUCUUCGUAUAUUUUGUUUUAAGUUUAAUUUUUAUCUUAGAGUUUUUUUUUUUGUUUCUCUCUUUGAUUUUCUCCACUCUGUCUCUCUUUCUCUAUUCUUCUCCCUGCCUGUGACUUUCGUCUGUCCUACGUAUUUCUCUUCUUUCGAGUUGGAUAGAUGUACCCAUUUUUUUGUGACCUGGUUUAAUGUUAAUAAUUAUUAAGAAAAACAAGAUUGAUUAAACUCUAUUUAAUAAUAUGGAAUGAUAGAGAAAUCGCGGCGAGAGAGAGAAUUGUAUUUGAGAUCAAUACAAUAAUACGAUUAAGUAUACAUCUUUGUGUAAUAUAAAUAUAAUAAAUAAAAACACGCUAUAUUUAUCUAUACAUAAUAUAUAUACAUAUAAUGUAGUACUGUAAGCUAUAUUAUAGGUAAAAUUCUCUCCUAACUGUAAUCCCGAUAACUACAGCAGUAUUGUAAUAAUGACAGAAUCUUUUUUUAUAAUGGCGAAACAAUAUGAUAUUUAUUAAUGCAAAAAACAUUUUAUCAUAAUUCGAUGUAAAAGAUUCUUAUUCAAAUAUGAUGGGAGUUGCAAGUUGGCAAUUUAUAUAGACUUAUAAAUAUAUAGACAGAGAAAAAAAAGUAUAUAGAACCAAAUAUAUACGAGGGGAAUUGAAACUAACGCUAAAUGGAAGGGGAGGGAAGUUAGUAGCAUGGUAAUUCGGCUAGUUCCGCGGCAUCUCUUUCUCACUCUAACGUCAUCACAUGGCAAGUAUGAAUAUAGUGGCAGAGGUAUACAAGAGAAGUGGAAUAACGUAUCGGAGGAAAUCCGGGAUAAUACGCAGAGGUUUAACUAGACAUUUCGAAGCAUCUAGUGUUUAGUGAUUUUCUCGAGUAUUCUUCGUUCAACCGCCGACAGAUAGCGUUAACGGUCAACUUAGCGGUUUCAAAAAAAAAAAAGCACAGCACAACAAUACACGCGCGGCCGAGUCCGAUGAAAAUUGUGGAAAUGGUGAAGUUGUGGUGUGGGUGUACUCCGAGUUAGAGUGUACAAUGUCGGAAGGUGGACGUGCAGUGAUCUGGCUCCUAGUAUCAGCCCUUCGAGCUGCACGCCACCCGAAAGAUUCACGUACUAACUACUAAUUGCACCUGCGUGUUGAACCCCCCACCAGUUGCAGAGUACUGCACCCCGUAACCCCAUGACGCAUUUAACACAUGGCUCGCCUGGAGAUACCAAGCAUAGUGGUGUAUAAAGGAAGCAGGUCGCAGGAUCGACCUGAGAGUCCCACGGUGGUGGUGCGAGGAGGAAUGCCCUCACUGCCAUCCUCCAGGCAAGGCCUCGCCAUAAGUGGUGGCUCCGGCGGUGGUGCGCUUCACCAAGACGAAUUGGAGUCGGAUAUGAUAGACGGGAAUGCCAACGUCGGCACCUCCUCGGCAACGAACACGUUCCACCGUUCCCCGCCUUCCUGUCCGCCGCCGGAUAAAUCGGACACCGAGAGCAAAAACUUUCGCAAUCGGACAAACACGAAACUGAAGCUGUUGGUCAGAAGCCAUGCCAUGAGAGAGUCGACGUCUCCCCCGCGGGAGCCACACGGCAACGGUCCACCGUCGCCGCACAGUCCGCAAUCGGUGGACGGUGAGAAGAAGAUCGUGUGCGGCCUCUCGCCCAACUCCAACGGUGCCAAGCUCAAUAAUAACGAGUCCAUGUUCAACAGCAAUCUCGGUCCCGCUCAAUCCCCCAAGCAAAUGCGCAACACGGCGACCUCGCCCACUUGUCGGACACCGUCGCGAAAUGGUCAAUCUAGUCCCUCUCAGAUACACUCACCAAAGAGCAUCACUUCUCCGACUAACGGCAAUAAGUUGGAGAACCAUCGCUCCAAGUUCGCGAGCACGAAUAACGUUCAGAAAUGCAAUAACUGCGUGAAGAACAAUCAAAAUGAGCGACCGGGUUUGCUGCAAACCCCUGUGUCGCCCUCCAAGUCCGGUCAAGCGUUGCAGCACUCGCCGAAGAGUACAAAUCUCGCCCCGAGCGCUCAAAAUAAUCAGCACAAAUCCGAGCAACGCAGGCCGAAUACGUUGAACAUCUGCAAUAAUCAAUGCUCAGCGCAAUGCGGCAACAUGCUGUCGGUGAGCAGGCCCGGAUCCAGGCAUAAGUUAAGACAUCAGAAUUCUUCUCAGGGCAGUUACGACAGCGCGUCACCAUGCCUCUCGCGCGAUAGUAGCACGGAACUGUAUACAGAUAGCACAGGGAUAGAUCUCGAACAGUUCAUCGCGGAGACCAUAAAUCGCAAUCAAAAGGAUCGCACGGUACUGCUGAAGAUUGAGAAGGAUUUAAUCGACUUUGCGAGAGACCGGCAGAAAGUUUCUCACAAAUUCCCGAAUAUGUCGUCGUAUAAUAGGAUGCUUGUGCAUCGAGUGGCAGCUUAUUUUGGCAUGGAACAUAACGUGGAUCAGUCGGGUUUAAGUGUUAUCGUCACGCGAACGAAAAAUAUGCGAAUACCGGACACUCGCUUUAGAGAGCACAUCAGGGACGAUAUGAUCCUGUCGGAAGAACCGCGAAGAAGUAUUUUGAAGCGGGACUCAAGCUCGUUCGAAGACAGUUUUAAUUUCAAAUCGCCGGAUCGAAUGUCGGGCGAUUAUUGUCGUCGCAGCAAAAGCUUCGAGGAGCGGGAGGAAGAGUACGAACGCGCCAGGCGAAGGAUAUUCAAGGACAGUAGUGGCGAGAGCAGCGAAGUCACAUCUUGGCCAUGGUCCUCAUCGGAGAGUUCGGAUGUCUCGGCGAGGUAUCGCUUGCUACAUCCUUCAGAUCACAUAAUGAGGCAUAAUCGAUUGCUAAAAGGCGAAUCUUUCGAUGGGAGAGAUUCGUUUCGCGGCGCGGUAUUGCGUCCAUCUGUUUCUAAGUCAUUCAGUUUCGGUGGAUACAGUAAAGGUAUGCUGUCAAGAGGGGAUAGUGUCACGUCCACGCAUAGCGCAGGAGCUCGCCUCAUGAAGCAAGAUUCAGGGGCCAGUAUGUGUUCACGUUUGAGUCCAAGCCGCUCGAGCAGCGGCUAUAAAUCGCAAAGCCAGCGCAGCGAUGCGACGAUAUCGCCAUCGCCGUCGCCCUCUCCUGUACCAGCCGGUAUGAUGACGUGUAGCCAUACUCAAGUAUCUAGUCAGGAUCUAGGCUCGCCGGAGUUGAACGGCGGCCAGACGGUCAUGUGGGCAGUCAGUAGUUUGUCGAGCGUGCCACCCGGGAGUAUAAUAAUAAAUCCACAGACCAAUCAACCGUGCACGAAUCCGGACGGUUCGAUUUAUCGCUACGAUCCGGAUAAUCCACCAAAGUUUUAUACCAUCGAGGACGAGAAUAACACGGUGUCCUCCGCGACUAAUAAGCAACAGCACGCGGAACUAUCCUCUGAGCCGUCCAGAACGCCGAACGGCCACUCCAAAAAUGACUUCAAGAAACAACAGCGUUCAUCGCAAUCGAAGAUGAACACCGUUAACACAUCUGGAACCCAAGUGACGAACACAGCAACGUCGCCGAGCCUGCCGUUUACACCGCCGCCACCGCCGCCUCCUCCUCCUCCUCCUCCUCCUCCUCCUCCACCUCCUGUUCCUGCUCCUGCUCCGCAGAACCCACCCAUUCCGCAACAGCAGCAACAAGUGCAGCAGCAGCAGCAGCAGCAGCAGCAGCAAUCACAGUCGCAGCAGCAAAGUCUAGUCAAAUCGUCAACAACAAUGCAGACGUGUAGUCAUACUAACCAAAUAGUUCAGCAAUCGUACGCGACCUACAUACCUACCUCAGAACCGUAUAACCAGGGUGUCUAUCCGCCUCCCAUGGGGCAACCAACUGUGAUGAUGGCGCCUCAUCCGACUCAGGGUCAAGCGAGCAUGCAGAACGGCGGUCAAGGGGAUGUUGUCUUCAAUCAGAAUCAAGUUUAUGCCAAUUAUGCGGUACCUGUACAUCAAGGACCAAUACCACAAUCAGGAGAUGUGACCGAAUUAUCUGGAUAUUUCCUGGGGAUGAACAUCUACGAUCAACGUGGUAGCGGGGACAGUCAUCCGACAACUCCGCACUCUACGUAUCCACAACCGCCGCCAUCUACGAACCAGACCGUACAGAACGUGCAAACGGUACAGCCGAAUUAUUGGCAACCAUCGCCAAAUCAAAUACCGCCUCAACAGACCAUGUACUUUAUGCCUCCACCCGGAACGGCCAUCUCUGUCGGUCAGAAUCCGGGAGACAGGCAACAUCUACAUCAGCAACAGAGGUUUCCGACGAAUUAUUCCUUCAAUGCGCAAACGAUGACGCCUCCGAGCCAAACAAAUUCUAAUUACGUGGGCAGUAGUUACCCGGUACCUUACAAUUCGAUGCCGGCAGUAACUCCAACACCGGGCGACUAUACGUAUCAACCUCCAGUCCAUAUGGUUCCUACGUAUUAUCCGCCAGGACAGCCGGCAAUGCAACCGCCGCCCGUAAUGUACAGAGUACCUACACCACCAAAUACGCCGACUUCCAAUCAAAUACCUGGUAUGCCGUUGAUGUACGUCAACUCAAGUAGUUAUGCGGCCCCGACGAUGGUGUCCGGUGGGACAUUUGGCCACCAGGUCGCUCACAACGGCACGUCCCCGGCGCCGCCUAGCGCAUACAUGGCACCCACGCUGGUUCCCAAUCUCGUCUUCAGACAGAACGUUCCUGUCGUUCCCGGUGUUCGAGCGACAACGCCAGGUAAUUCCCAACGAGCUAGUCGGUCACCAACUCCGGCGCAUGAGUUCUUCGGAGGUGGAAACGGAGACAGAAGCGCACAACCUCAACCACGUUACCCACUGCCAAUGUACCAGGGUGUCCAUAUCGUGCAAGGGGAUAUGAGAUUGAUGCAUCCUGGCGUACCAACCAACCCUCGGUUGCAGUAUGCACCAGUAUCAUCACCGCCUGUUGUUCAAGGUUGCCCGCGACCGUACAGGCCGUCCUCUUAUUCGUCUAACACCUCGGGGGCCGGCACGCCGACUUCCUUCGAUGGCAGAAAUCAGAAAAUUCGCAAACAGAGGUCCAAAGUAAUGUCUUUGCCACCGAGCGGCGCACGGCCCAAUCUCUAUCAGGCGCCUUCCAUGCCAUCACUCUCGUCAAACGUACCCAAAGAUAUCAGAGAAGGAACGGUAAAGGUGACAAUUACCCGACGGAACCAGCUCGUACAAUUUUGAGUAAACGGACCGGUAGGAUACCAUCCCUGAUAACGCGAGUCACAGUCCUGAUUAUCCAACACAACCGAGAUUAGUGAUCUACUUUAUUAUUCAGAAAUA